AUGCUCUUGUCGAGCAGAGCUCAGCCUCCAAGGGCUCUGAAGGACUUUCCGCGUCCCAACCGGUCGAAUCUUUCGGUGAAGCAGUUCUUGCUUUCCUCACCGUUGCCCUCUCCUGCCUUGCCUGCUCUCGUCCCCCGUCACGGCAAGAAACCACCUCCUUUCAAUACUCGACGAGCGUUGCGAACUUUAUCAUGGCUGGCCAUCAUUAUCAGUUGCUACUACAUUGCUUCCCUUGUUGUUCACACGGCACGAGACAGUAACCCCGCUCGACUUCCAGCCUUAUCAUACCUUGCAACCAGCAAGCCCGAUCAGCUAGUCGUCGAUUCCGAACUUCCGGAAUAUCCAACCCCAAUCGCAGUGGUCGACAAGCGCAACCGACAGAAGUGGACCAUCUCAAUUCCAGAUAAGCUAGGCUUCCCUCUUGAAGCUGCCGACUACGCCGACAUUUGUGCUCACGUCCCAGAAGUCGCCAACCACAUCUCUUCGAAUGAUAUCUCUACCACGUUUCUUGAUGUGGAUGAAGCACAACACAGUGGCCUGCUACCUCCGUCACCUGAAGCGCAUUCGAAAUAUGCCCUUCCAGUCUGCUCUCGAACUCUGAUCUAUGUCCUCGACGCUACGGAUGCUGGUCUCGGAUCUACCCUCAUGGGUCUCUGGCUUUCCUAUUCUCUUGCAAAAGCCGAAUCCCGCGAGUUCUUCGUAGACGACAGGAAUUUCGCAUACGGUCGCUACUCUUCAUAUUUCUUAGCUCCCCCCAAGCCGAAAUGCAGGCCUCCUCCCCCAGCACAUCGAGUACCUUGCCCAGCUCAGGCAAAACACUUGGUUGUCUCCGCCGCGACCCAUCCAUACAUCUUUGGCUCCGAGUUCCAUGCCAAGUAUAGCAUGACGGAGAUUUUCGCCAUGGCUCGCAGAGGUUACAAAACCCUCUUCCACCUACGCGAUGAUGAUGCCGAGUACGCCGAUUUGCGCCUUGCAGAGCUCCGUUCGCCCUCCUCUAAAGUCGUUGGUGUUCAUGUACGUAGGGGUGACCGCCACCCCUUCACUCUCACUUACGCCCGAGCCUACCUACCAUCCACGAUUUACUCAUCAGCCGCCGAAUCUCUUGCAUCCACCCUCUCGACCGACUCCAUAACCACGAUCCUCGCAUCUGACGAUCCCGAAUUCUACGCCCCAGACUCUCCGCUCAACUAUCCUCGCGCACAAUCGCGAAUUACCCUUGCUAGCAAAUCGACAUUGAGUGAUGGCUCUUUAGGUUGGGAAGGCGGUUUCUUCGCCGCUCUCUUCUGGAACCUUGGCCUACCUGCAGAAGCCGAAUGGCAGAAGCGUAUUGGCUCACCAUUACCAAGUCGAAUGGUGGCUGAAAUGGGCGAGGAGCAUCGGAAUGAGCGAGACUAUCGUAGUCGGCCAACGGACGAGGCAGUACAAAUGCGCCAACUCAUCGGUAGGGCGUAUUUACUGGACCUCAAGGUGCUCGGCAGCAGCGAUGCAGUGGUAUGUGCUGUAAGCAGCCAUACUUGCCGUUUGCUUGCUGUGAUGCUUGGUGAGGAGGCCGUCAAGGAUGGACGCUGGAAGAACGUGGAUGAAGGAUAUCCGUGGAUCGCAAUUGGAGAGAAUAUGUAA